UGGUGAAUGACAACAUGGCGCCUCGAGAAGACUAACCUAGAAGCAUAUCCUGAAGAAUUUUAUAUCUAUUUUGACGAGGGAUUGAGUCCGCCAUGGCAGAAGCAUAUGUAUGGAGUCGACUACAGCAGCACCAUCAGCUACAGCAACUGCACCAACAGCAUCAGCUGCAGCAACAACAUCAUCAUCAUCACCAUCAACAGCAGCAGCAGCCACAGCAUAUGCAACAGCAGCAACAACAACAGUUACAUAAUCAGCAACAACAACAGCAUAGUCCUGUGGCAAGCUCUGGUUGUAGCAGUUCAAGCUUGACUCUGAAUACAAGAAAUAGUACAGAAAACCUAAAUCAAGACAUUUUGUUCCCUCCUCGACAAUUCACCAGUGGUGUUGCUAGUGUCCCCCAGACGCCAUCACCGGAGUCCCACCAUUCGUCGCCCAUUAACAAGAGCCCCACAACACCGCUCUCUCCGAAUCAACUUGUCGUUCCACAACCGGUGAAACCAAAAGCUGCCAGCGGGAAGAGUUACCAGUGUAAAAUGUGUGAGCAGAUGUUUGAGUCCAAAUCCGACAUGCUCGUUCAUUGUCAACGAGUGCAUAAGCAGGACCCCAAGCCUUACAAAUGUAACACCUGUGGCAAGAGCUUCGCAAACUCUUCGUAUUUGUCGCAACACAACAGGAUCCACGCUGGGAUCAAGCCGUACAAGUGCGAGAUCUGCGAACGCCGCUUCACGCAGUUGUCCCAUCUCCAGCAGCACAUGCGUACCCACACAGGCGAGAAACCGUACAAGUGCUCGCACAAUGGCUGCGGGAAGGCUUUCACCCAGCUGGCCAACCUACAACAGCAUUCACGCUCGCACAUGACCGACAAGCCUUUUAGGUGCAACUCGUGCUACAAGUGUUACUCAUCGGAAGAAGAGUUGCGGGAGCACAUCCCCAAGCAUUCGGACACGAAGCACCUGAAGACGCACAUUUGCAACGUCUGUGGAAAGUCGUACACACAGGAAACUUAUCUGGCACGUCACAUGACCAAGCACGCCCUUAACAAUAACAACAACAAUAACAACGGCCCCAACAAGCCGGCGCCAACGCCCAACAAUGAUCUAAGCCCCGUGGAAAGCAACCACAGCAGUAGCAAUACGAAAACUUACACUAAUCACCAGUUUGGCAACAACAACCACCACGAGAUCAAGCAGAAUGGGGACCUGAGCGGGGGAAAGUACAGUAUGCAUCAUAAUAACAACAAUAACAACCCAUACGACAAGCUGAGGCUGCAGAUCAAGCAAGAAGACCUCAGCUGUCUCUAUCCCGGUGAGGACCUGCGCAAGCCAAAGAUGUCCAACUAUGACAUGAACAUGCUGGACACCAUGUGUAUGUACCUGGGCUCCAAGUCCCCUCCCGGGCAGCGUAGUCCACCAACCCCCAACCAUCAUGGCGGGUCUCCCCCAGCGGCAGUGACCAAGACGUCGUCGUCUGCGUUCAUGUCCUUCUCGCAGCCCAACUCCACCAUGAUGUCCCCGACGCUGCCGUCGAACCUGUCCAACUUUCCAUUCCUUCCCAGUAAUACUCUGAACCAUCCCUCCAGUCCCCACCUCUCCUCCAUCACCUCGCAGAGGUACUUCCCCUACGAGCCCAUCAGCUUUCGCAAAGAUCACGUCAACAUGGACAAGACCCUCCCCAGCAGCCGCGAGGGCGCCAUGAUCGCCAACAGCUUGUUGAGCCUUCAGCAUAUCAAGAAUUACUCCUCGCAUCAGAUGUACGCCCAGGGAGUGCCCCAUGGAGGCAUGAACUGAAGUUGGGACAGGGGUGGAGGUUGUUGCUCUACAGGGUACAUCAGCAUCAGGAUGACACACUUUUGUUUAUAAACUACUCUAUCAGCCUGUGAACUGCAUCCUUUGUAUUUAGGAUAUGACUCUGAGGACUGUUUGAAAGAUACUCUAGUUUUCUGAGAACAAUAAGAACUAGAAAGCGAUAGUUGAGCUAAGACUGGUUAUUGAUUGAGUUGGUGAUGUGGAAAAAGGUCGGAACCUGCCAGACAGACUUUGAAAAAGACCGAAAUCUGAGCCAUAGUCAGAACAUUGAAGGAAUGUAAUUUUUGAAAAAUUAAAGUGACUGCAAGAAUCAUAAAUAUAAACAAAGUUCAAAGGUCUUUUGUGGAAAAAAAGUUUUAAAGACCAUGAGUAGCCAUAGGAAGAUCUGGAGAUGUCCGUAGGAAGAUUUGGAGAUGUCGGGGGAGUAUCUUUUAACUGUCAGAGCUGGUCAAGUACCUGCCAAACAACACAUACUGGCAGCUGUUGGGCAAGUGACAUCAGAGGAAGUAGUUUAUUUGUUCACCUGUGCUGAAAUCAGACUGCAACUGAAAAAAAUAUAUAACAAGAACGUAUUGUACUCCAUGACAAUUCUGUGCCGAAGAGGAGCAGUUUAAAUAGAGGUGUAAGAAGUCAUUUUAUUGAACAGUAAUAAUCUGAAAAACUGAUGUGGUGACAAAGCCGUGCUUAACACGAGCAGGUUACAAUGAACACGACAAGUUCAGCCAUUCUGAACAUUCUGAAUUAGAGCUGUAUGUAUAGACUUUUAUAUUACCCUGUAUACCCAUUAUAUAUAUAUAUACACACACAUACAUAUAAAUAUACAUAUAUAUUGUCUGUACCAUGGAGUACAGGGGUGCCCUAAAGUUUUUAGGGGGCAUCACACUGAUGUUUGCGACUGACCCAGUUUCACUGAGAGUUUGGAAAUGGGCCUGACAAUGACGACAUAUUCAGAUUUUCUGAAUGUAAAUUAUGCUUAGAUACUUCAUCAUAAAAUCUAUGAUGCUGGUAUGUUUUUUUUUCUCCUCCCUCCUUUUUUAAUCUUUAAGAGAAAAGUUGAGGGUGAGUCUGUAAAAUAGGUAAUAGGUAAAAUAGGUAAGAUAUAUGGAUGGGGGGGAAAAGACGUGGAGGCGACACAGGGGCGGCAAUAUCAGCACUGCUCUGACAGAAUAACAAAAUACGGCCAGUGCAAUUGACCAUGAAGUGUAGAAGCAAUCUUUAAAGGCUUCCUUUUUAUAAUCAAAACAGAAAAAUCUGUGAUUUAUCAUGUGUUCCAUUCUGUAACCAUGUUAUUUACCAACAGCACAAGUUCCUUUUAUUUUUGUUGAAGGGAUGCUUUUUUUUUUCCUUAAUUAAGGUAUGGUAGACAGGGAAUCCUUCAUUGUCACCUGCUUAUUAAAAGUUAAAAAUGGAUUCCCUCCCCCAGAAAAUAGGUUAUCUUGGUCCACUUCCCCAAAGUGCCUAAUGCCACUUGAAAAAUUAUAUAUUUUGCAUAAAAUGUCUCGCAUUACACUAAUUUUUGAUACUAAUUCUGUUCAAAUUACUGUAACAGGAAGCAUGUCAUCCUGCUAAAGGGAAAACAAAAAAAAGACCUUCAUUGCCAUUGAAAGUUAUCAUUGACAUCAAAAGUCUAAAUAUUUGAAAGGAAAAAAAUAAUUAACAUGAUCAAGUGGGUAACCAUGGGUUUUGUGGCAUUUGUUAGUUUAAAAUUAACACAUUCUGUUAAAGAAAUGCUCCUUCAUAAAGCAAUUACAGAUAUUUUGAUAGUAUCGAGUUGUUUCUAGGAUUGCCAAUAGUAGUUAUUGAAAUGUUGAAAUAAAAAUCAUCUGUUAGUAAUAAGUAGCUUGGUCAAAGGGCAUACCUUCCAAAGGGCCUUAUUUUGACCUUGAUCUGACUGGCCAGUCAGAAUUGUUCUUUUAUUGGCUACCACAUUGCUUCACAGUAAUCUAACCAAUGAUAUUCCCUGUUGCAUGUCGUUGACCAUGAAGAUGGCCUUUUUUUUUUUUUUUUUUUUGUCAGAGCAGUUCUGUAAUGAGGGCCAAGUUCCAAAGUGCCAAAAAGAAACUUACGUAGAUAGUUGGUAUGAGUUAUAAAAUAAUUACAAGUAUUUCCUCCUGGUUGCCGACUAGGUGUGCUGCUGCUACAAUGGCUACCUAUUGAAAUUUUUUUUUUUUUUUUUUUAAUCAGAAAAAAAGCUCAUGUUAGAUAUAGAAUGAUCUCAGUGAGUUUCAAAGAAAGUCACAUGACUGCUCCUGACCAAUCAAAUUGAAGAAAAUGUUGUAGCCAUUUCUUGAGUAUUAAUGUUGUUCUAACACUUUCUCCCCUGUUGUUAUAUUUAGAUUUAUAGUCAGACUAAUUACAUAUUUGACUGAUGCCUUGGCUCCUCCUGGCGAGAAAUGGAACAUUCCAACCUUGUCGAGCAUUUCUUCUUUUACACAGUAGAUUAUUCCAUUCUCAGUCAGAGGGGUGAGAGGUUGUACAAAAGAUAAUAUAAGGCAUUAGUGGAAUAUAAGGUUAUUAUCAUGGUGACCAGGGUUUUUUUAGGGAAAAAAGACCUGGAUGAUUUUUUAUAUUGACUUGAAGCAUGUAUUUAUAUGAUAUGCUUUAGUAUAUAGUUCUAUACAUAUACAUAUGAAUGUUUAUAUUAUCAAUGGUAAGAUUGGUGAUAGCUUAGUUAGAUAUCCCAAAGUUAGACGGAUUAUGCUAUUAGGAAAAUAUCAUCAUAAAAUUUUUGCAGGUUUGGGAGAUUCUAAAACUUAAGGAAAAAAGAAAACAACUUUGUCUUAACGUUUAUAUCCCUUUAUAAAGGGCCUUUCCUGCAUAAUAUUUUGAUGGAAUGAUUCCUUGCAUUUCCCAAAAAUUAGAGCUUCAUUUCUUUUUUUUUUUUUUUUUUCCUGUGGGGAUGGGUUCCAACGUGAACUAUGCACUAGGUUAGUGAUGGUUGUAUAUCACUUUAAUUUUUUAUUUAUUUAUUUUUAUUAUUAUUAUUAUUUUUUAAUAGAUCCCUUAACAUUAGACAUUCACAUAGGAGCUAAACCAUUUCAAUUAAUCGUCUGGUAGAAACUGCACACAAGGGGGGGGGGGCAACAUCCUAGAUCAUAUUUUGAUUCAGAGUGGACUUUUCCAUUCUCUGGACCCCCCCCGUCCCCUGCCCAAACACCACCCCAAUUCUCCCUUUUUCUUUCCUAAUGUAAUGUUUUGGCUUGUGUGGUCAAGCUGGCUAUCAAAAUUUCGAGUGUAGUUGGUCAAGUGUCAUGAACUCUGUAAGCAGCUUGCAAUCGACAGAGCCUGCACAACAUGAGUGAACCAACUCAUAACUGAUCUGAAUUCAGUCUGUCUAUUGGGAACAGGGUCUUUUAUUAUUAUUAUUUUCAUUUUUUUUUUCAUAUCUUUUGUUUCUCAGCAUCAUGUAGUGUAAAGACUAUUAAUGUGAUGGAUCUCGGUCUAGUCCCUGUAAUAGGAAUUGACAAGUAUUUUAAGAGAUAGGAAACAAGCAUAUAUAUAUAUAUUGCCAUGGUGAAAUCAACCCUAGUCUCUCUACUGUUGAGUGGGCUUUCUGAGGUCUGACUUAGUAAGUAGGUCAACUUUACACUGGAAUCACCUGUACCAGUACUGCUUUCUUGGGUGUAAGGGUUCAGUAAUUGAUAGGUCGGAUUUGCACUGGAAUUGUGAGUGCAGUUUUGUAGUCUGUUUUCUAUAGAUAUAUAGAUAGUUAUAUUAUCAGUACAUGCUGCAAUUUUUUCAAAGUGUUGGUGCUUCACUACUUUUUAUGUGCAGUAACUAGUUAAGAUGGUUUUGUUUUCUUUUUUCAUCAGAAAUGAUGUUGACUGCUUACCUUUUUAGUAAAUAUAGGAAUAUUUUGCCUCAAAUCACAACAAGGAGUAUUCAGUUUUUUAUGAUUUAAUCAGCUUGCCGGACAUUUUGAUGCAGAUAAUCAACACAGUGUAUAUAAGCCUUGUUGGUGUUAUGAUUUUAAUAUUCUCUGCUAGGGAUUUAAAAAAAAAUGUUAUUAUGGUAAUCUUUGUUUUGUAUCAUAAAUUGGAUUUAACCAUGGCAUUGUAGGAAGAGCUUCAAAAAUCAAAUUUACAAUUUCAAGCACAGCUUGGUGGUUUGUGGUAGUGAGCCAUUUAUAAUAUUCAUAGGUUUAUGUAUUUUAAUAUUUCAUAUGGAUGGAAGAUGUUACCAAGCACUCCUUUCUUACUGAGAAUGUCACAGCCUGUCCCCAUCACGCGAAUAAUCAAACCUUUGCAUUAUAAAACGUGAAUAAUAUUGUAAAGGAUUGGAUAUGAUUGUUUAUGUCAAGGUUUUUUUCUCUCUAUACCAGAAAGAAUUAGACUGUUAUAUUUUUGGUAUAUUUAUUAAAUUGGCUGAGCAUUAUUCCCUGAUAGAUAAUAGAUAGAGCAAGACCUUCAAAAGGCAAGAAAUGUCCAUGGCAUAUUUACUAUAUAGGAUAGCUUAAUUCAGAAACCUUUCAAAGGCUACACACAAAUAUGUAUAUUUUCUGCCAAAAGUCAUUGUUUAUUGAAUUUUUAAAUAAUAUAUAGAUAUGUAUGUUUAUGGCAACAAAACAGCUAUACUAGAUAUUAUUUUUAUUUAAGCUUUACUAUAGACCUUGCCUUGUUAGCCUUUUGUAAAAUUUGCUUUGGAAAAAAAUCAAAAGAUUAAGAUAAAGAACACAUGCAAUAAGCUUAAAGCAAAUGGUAAAAUAUGAAUGAUCUUCAUUGUAAAUGGGGUCAUUUCUGUGCUUUGGAGUUGCAUCUUUUUUUAAUCGACUAUCUUAAGUGCUAAUUGCUUUGUUUGGUUGCAUGUAAUUGGCUUAAUGUUGGUGAGCUUGAGCUUCAACUGCAAUACUUACCUGUUUAUUUUAUACCUAUAUCUUAUUCAUUUUAUACUUAUAUUCAUAGUAAUAAUUGUUGAUAUUUUAUUCAGCCUUUGUUUUGAAUAAGGAUUUUUAUUACACAUUUGCCACCUUGUUUUUAGUUGUUUGCAAAAGUGAAUGGUAGUAUAAGAUUGCUAAAACCUACAGGUUUUAAAUGGCCAUUCUUGUACUCGCUCAAGCAAAUAGUUUCAAAUAUUUUGCUUCUUGUGGACUUUUAGUAAAAUUGCUAGUUCUUGAGAGAUUGGAAAAAGGUUACAAGGUGAUUGCUUGUAUCCGUCAUUAAAAAGAUGGAGUGGUUUUUACGGUUUUGUGGCAGGCAACGGGAGCAUGAGUGCUUAAAAGCAGUUGUUUCUAAUUGCCUUAGUGAAUCAAUCCUUAAGGUGCUAUAGAAAUAGGGAAACUCAUCUUUACUACUGUUUUUAUCACAAUUUUUCCCUAAGAUUUACCUUGUGAUGACACAUGCAUAUCAUGUUACUUUGUGGGUGUUGUAACCUUGGCGGCAGCUGCGGGAUAGUUUACUGUGGUGGCAGCGGCGGGAUAACUUUUUAAAAAGAAGUAAGCUGCUUCCACCAUUGUGUAUAAUUACAAGUAAAGAAUCAUACUAGUUUAUGACAAAAUUGUUCUUGCCUUUAAGUCUUGCUAAGAAAUAGCUCUUAAGAAUAUGAUAUGGUAUUGGAUUGAAAGUUUGAAACCUACAUGUUCAACUAAUUUUAUGUAGACAGUCCUUAAAUUAUACGGUGCUUGCUGUAGAUGGGCUUUUAAAAAGUCAUAUUUGAGUGACAAAGGGAUCCAAUUCUGACCCUAGUAAAUGGGUGAAGAAGCUUUCACGAGUCACUCUGAGAUAAAGAAGCUAUAAGAUCCCCUGUAACAUAGGGCUGGAAAACGUUUUCAUACUAUGCUAACUUAACAGUACAACUGAAACGCCCAGAUAAAAAUAUAUGUCACAAUUAUUUUUGUUAUAUUCAGCUUUGCUCUUGAGUGCAAAACUUUUCUUUACUCAUUUACACUAAACAUUUUUAGCAGUUAUUAAUAAUAAUUUCAGUUUUGCUUAAGCUUAAUAGGUUCUAGGGCUGAAAGAAAUUUGUGUACAAAACUUUAUGUAACCCUGUAUAUGACAAAUCUACGGCACAAAAUUACGACUCAGUAGAUCCGUUGAUCUAUGUUGUAUGUUACCAUGUGUUCAGUUUAUUGUGAGCCAAUCGCUGCAUAUUUGUAAUGAUUAUUUAGCAGUAUGACUAUUAUGCUAUAAGUAUACUUUUAUUCAUACUAUUAUAACUUUGAUAUAUUAUUAGUCGAUUCAGUGCUCUGUCAAAGCCAACUAAUGUGUUUGUGAUCUGUACAUCAGCACAAUGACAUGUGACAAAAAAUUGUCAUGAAAUUAUUUUUUAUUCUUACCCACAGUGCAUUUCUUCCCUGUAUUUAAAUCAAAAACGAAUGGCACAAUCCCAGAGUUCCAUUUGAACAUUCAGCAGUAAAUUUUGUCAUGUCUCUGACUGGUCAAUUGUAUUUUUUGAUUGACUUUUUAUAAUAUUUUUUUGGGGUUGGUGCAUUUUUUCCCUUUUAAACUACCAGUACAUUUCUUGUCACAUCCAUUUCCAGGAAAUGUGGUAUUCAAAGUUUGUUAUUUUUCACGGAGGUAAAGGCAAUUCAAAAUUGUAUGCUUGAAGUGCAUUGGGGUCGGUAAAUGUUGAAAACGGCUUUCAAAAAAGCAAACAAAAAAUCGGUAGUUAUUCAGUAUUUAUGUAGAUGGAAUAGCAUAUGCAUGUUACAAGGUCACCCUGCGUUUCAUAGCGUCAUCGCCCAUUUUACUCAAAAAUGAGUACAUUCUAGGUAAAAACUGGGGAAAUGUUUGCUCUGAAACUCUGGGUUGCCUCAAUUACCAGUUCAUAUAAUUGUCAAUUGAGAACGCACUUCGUUGAUCUUAAAAACAAAAAGUAGUGCUUGACUUCAUUUUGUAUGACAAAAUGUAAACGUGUCUAAAAGCAGCACGAACAAAUGAGAUGUUAAGUGGUAAUUGUCUGUGGACUUGUUGUACUGUUUUGUCUUUUCCUUACGAGGAGGAACCCUGCUUUGUAAUAAAAUCUGAAUUUCAAACAGAA